AUGUCCAUGAAACUUAUUCCGGAUAAUAAUAACAUGAUAAAUCUCUCCCUUUUCUUAGAUUCCAUCUCCUCAAGAGGUUUACAAUCUCUUUUAAAUUAUUUUGGUCGAAUAUUUCAACCUAACGAGCCACAUUUCUUAGAUUUGGACCGAAAUUUUUAUUGAGCAGAUCAUGUCCUAAUUAUAGCAGUUAAUUUUAUCUCAGUGGGAGAACGUCCACAAGAGUCAGAGAAUUAAUCCCCUUUCGACUUUAUCUUCGUUAUCCUUUCCUUUUUGUCCCACGCUCGAAACAAAUAAAAAUUCAAUGUCCAUGUUAUCCAUUGCAGUUAAAAAUUUCUACCAACUGUUUUUACCGCUAUGUACGUCGCGCACUAAAUUUCACUCGUUUCGUGUUUUGGAGGAGCGUGUGAUACGUGAGAGGAAUUUUGGCUCAUUUUCCGCCGGCAGUUUUCCGAGAAACUCAGUAUUUAUAAAAUUCUCAGAAGAUAAAAGGCGGAUCUGUUGUGUCCUUUUAUGGUUAAAUGACGCAUGUGAUGACAGUUGUCUGACGAGAUCUCAUGUGAAUCUCUUAACAAACCGUAUUAUUUUGUCUCCGCGUUACUGACCUCGUCAGCUGUGAAACUAUAGAUAUUAUUUGCAUGAAAACAUUUGUUAUCGUUCCGAAUUUGACAACCUUUAAAGGCCUUUUAGUCGGCUUACACUUUAAAAUUGAAAUUGCUUUUUAAAUAAACUCCUCCCUGAAUAUUUCUGUUUUCAUUCCGGCCGAAAUUGACAAAUGUGUAAAUGUCUUCUGACUUAGGUCUGAUUCGCCUUCGCUUUUCGACUUGGUUGUAAACCUCAAGGCUCUUCAAGGGCCCAUUGUUUGAGAGAGACGCAGCACUAACCCAGGAUUACAAUUCAAAACUAGGUAUGACUUAUCUGAGUCGCAUAAAGUUUUCGUCAACUGUUAAAGGUAGCGCAAUGUCGUGUUUUCGAAUAAAGACUGACGGCUGUACAUUAAUUAAAGUAAAAGGACUAAGAUAUAAUUACAUAAACGUGUAAUAUGUAAACUCUUCGCUGUAACGCUGAUAUUUUCAAAUCCUUGCUGUUUUUUGAGACUGUACUUGUCGGGGAACAUAUUCCUAUAAUCUUAAAUAAUAUUCAGGGGUAAAAAUAUAGGUUUAUUCCAGAUCAAUUCAGCAUCAAAAGAUGGUAUUUCUAACUUAGAACUAUUGACUUACAAUGCUGUUGUCUUUUCACAUACAGGGGCUUUAGGAAACAGCACCGGAACGACCUCGCUCCCUUGUACCUCAGCUACUACAUUGCAAGGGGCACAAUCAGCAAUUGUUUCAGCUACGAUGACGGAGGAAUCAUCACUAUCAGUUUCAGUCACUAGGUAUGCUUCCACGUCAUCUCAAAACGCAAAACUGUCGAAUGCAUCAACUAUGUCACUCAGACAGUCGACAAGUACAUGGAGUUUGGAAUCAAGUAACACACCUCAUAUCCCAUCAUUACCAGCUUCGUCACUGCCGAAUUUUUCAGCCACAAUUCUGGACAAGUCAAAAAGCACGCCAGGAUUUAAUUCAUGUACUGUCGUGUAUUCUUUAGCAUGCGCAGCCUUGUCGAAUGUCUCAACUUCUACCAUGAUACGGGAACAAUCGAAUAGUACAACAACACUACAUUCUGGUAAUAUUACAACUACGACGACUGAACAACUCGUACCUUCAUUGACAACAGCCCCAAACAGCGCGAAUUAUUCCACAUCGUCCACUAGAUCUUCCUCUCUAUGCAGUUUGGUUUAUUACAGUUCAUGUUCACCUUUCUCUCCGUUGGAUGUUUCGAGUUUAUCACCAAGACAAUCCUCACGUUCUUCAUCGUCAGUAUCGGACACCACGACUUUUCUUACAUCAUCAAAAAUCAUAUCGACGUUGACUGUUUCAAGCAGUGUGCCUUAUUCUACAUCUUCUUCAGCCUCGAGGCCAUCGGGUAUUUCAAGUACCAUGGUGCACCAGACAACAAGUCCAUCAAGUUUGGAUUCAAGUAGUACGCCUUAUUCUACAUCUACAGCGUUGCCAACAUCGACUGUUUCAAGCUCCAUGAUGCAACAGACAACAAGUCCAUCAAGUUCGGAUUCAAGUAGUGCUCUUUAUUCUACAUCUUCUUCAGCUUCGCCAUCAUCGACUAUUUCAAGUUCUGUACUACAAGAGACAAACAGUACAUCAAGUUUGGAUUCAAGUAGUACGCCUUAUUCUACUUCUUCUUCUACUUCGCCAUCAUCGACUAUUUCAAGUUCUGUACUACAAGAGACAUACAGCACAUCAAGUUUGGAUUCAAGUAGUACGCCUUAUUCUACAUCUUUUCCUACUUCGCCGUCUUCGAGUAUUUCAAGUCCUGUACUGCAAAAGGCAAACAGUACAUCAAGUUUGGAUUCAAGUAGUACGCCUUAUUCUACAUCUUCUCCAACUUCGCCAUCAUCGACUAUUUCAAGUUCUGUACUACAAGAGACAUACAGCACAUCAAGUUUGGAUUCAAGUAGUACGCCUUAUUCUACAUCUUCUCCUAUUUCGCCAUCUUCGACUAUUUUAAGUUCUGUACUACAAAAGGCAAAUAGUACAUCAAGUUCUGAAUCAAAUAGUACGCCUUGUUCUACAUCUUUUCCUACUUCGUCGUCAUCGACUAUUUCAAGUUCUGUACUACAAAGAGAUAAACAGUACAUCAAGUACAUCAAGUUCUGAAUCAAGUAGUACGCCUUAUUUCGUAUCUUUUCCAACUUUAUCAGCAUCAAGUAUUUCAAGCUCCAUACUGCAACUGACAACAAGUCUAUUAACUUCUGAUUCGAGAAGUUUGCCUUCCUCCACAUCCUCUCCAACAUCGACGCUUUCGAAGAUUUCAAGUUCCUUGGUGCCGAUAACACAAAGUUCAUUAACGUCAGAUUCUCGUAGUGUGCUAUAUUUUACAUCUUCCCCUACCUCGUCAUCAGCGAGUAUUUCAAGUUUCACGCCACAGCAGACAAGUUCAUUGAGUUCUAACUCUAGUACUAUCUCAAGUUCUACACUACAACAAACAACUAGUUCUGUAAGUUCAGAUUUAAGUAGUGUGCCUUACACCACAUCUUCUCUUAUUUUGCCAUCAUCGAGUUCCAUACUAGAGCAGACAACAAGUUCGUCAACUUCAAAUUCUAGUACUGUCCCAUAUUCUACAUCUGCAUCUUCGUCAUCUCUGAUUAUUUCCACGACAGGAUUAUAUUCAUGUACUGUCGUGUAUUCUUUAGCAUGCGCAGCCUUGUCGAAUGUCUCAACUUCUACCAUGAUACGGGAACAAUCGAAUAGUACAACAACACUACAUUCUGGUAAUAUUACAACUACGACGACUGAACAACUCGUACCUUCAUUGACAACAGCCCCAAACAGCGCGAAUUAUUCCACAUCGUCCACUAGAUCUUCCUCUCUAUGCAGUUUGGUUUAUUACAGUUCAUGUUCACCUUUCUCUCCGUUGGAUGUUUCGAGUUUAUCACCAAGACAAUCCUCACGUUCUUCAUCGUCAGUAUCGGACACCACGACUUUUCUUACAUCAUCAAAAAUCAUAUCGACGUUGCUUGUUCCAAGCAGUGUGCCUUACUCUACAUCUUCUCCAGCCUCGAGGUCAUCGGGUAUUUCAAGUACCAUGGUGCACCAGACAACAAGUCCAUCAAGUUUGGAUUCAAGUAGUACGCCUUAUUCUACAUCUAUAGCCUUGCCAUCAUCGACUGUUACAAGCUCCAUGAUGCAAAAGACAACAAGUCCAUCAAGUUCGGAUUCAAGUAGUACUCUUUAUUCUACAUCUUCUCCAGCUUCGCCAUCAUCGACUAUUUCAAGUUCUGUACUACAAGAGACAAACAGUACAUCAAGUUUGGAUUCAAGUAGUACGCCUUAUUCUACUUCUUCUUCUACUUCGCCAUCAUCGACUAUUUCAAGUUCUGUACUACAAAAGGCAAACAUCACAUCAAGUUUGGAUUCAAGUAGUACGCCUUAUUCUACUUCUUUUCCUACUUCGCCGUCUUCGAGUAUUUCAAGUCCUGUACUGCAAAAGGCAAACAGUACAUCAAGUUUGGAUUCAAGUAGUACGCCUUAUUCUACAUCUUCUCCAACUUCGCCAUCAUCGACUAUUUCAAGUUCUGUACUACAAGAGACAUACAGCACAUCAAGUUUGGAUUCAAGUAGUAUGCCUUAUUCUACAUCUUCUCCUAUUUCGCCAUCUUCGACUAUUUUAAGUUCUGUACUACAAAAGGCAAAUAGUACAUCAAGUUCUGGAUCAAGUAGUACGCCUUGUUCUACAUCUUUUCCUACUUCGUCGUCAUCGACUAUUUCAAGUUCUGUACUACAAGAGAUAAACAGUACAUCAAGUUCUGAAUCAAGUAGUACGCCUUAUUUCGUAUCUUUUCCAACUUUAUCAGCAUCAAGUAUUUCAAGCUCCAUACUGCAACUGACAACAAGUCUAUUAACUUCUGAUUCGAGAAGUUUGCCUUCCUCCACAUCCUCUCCAACAUCGACGCUUUCGAAGAUUUCAAGUUCCAUGGUGCCGAUAACACAAAGUUCAUUAACGUCAGAUUCUCGUAGUGUGCUAUAUUUUACAUCUUCCCCUACCUCGUCAUCAGCAAGUAUUUCAAUUUUCACGCCACAGCAGACAACAAGUUCACUGAGUUCUAACUCUAGUACUGUCUCGAGUUCUACACUACAACAAACAACUAGUUCUGUAAGUUCAGAUUUAAGUAGUGUGCCUUACACCACAUCUUCUCUUAUUUUGCCAUCAUCGAGUUCCAUACUAGAGCAGACAACAAGUUCGUCAACUUCAAAUUCUAGUACUGUCCCAUAUUCUACAUCUGCAUCUUCGUCAUCUCUGAUUAUUUCAAGUUCCUUGCUGCAACUGACAUUUAGUCCAUCAAGCUCAGAUUCAACGCAGGAAACAGUCACCUCGAUCCAAGAUUUUAAAAAAAGUUCUAUCAGGUUGACCACCAUUCGGACUCCCGUUUCAAGCCGUGUCCUUCCUAAUUCAUCAUCUUUACCACAUGAGUCCAAGAGUGUGUUCUCUAUCCUAUCACCAACACCCUCAUCUACAAAGCUAACGUUGAUCACUUCAUCUACAGCCAUCAGUCCGCCAACUACUCCUGAUCCAGGAACAACAAAGCGAUUUACCGUGAUGUUUGUAAUCACAAACGUGGAUUAUGAAAAGAACAUGGAGACAAAUUUAUAACUCUUUCAAAGAAAGUAAAAAGUUCAGUUGAUAAAGCACUUGAAGAAAAAAUCGGCAGGGAAUUUGCUUACUCCAUUGUGGAACGGUUUAGUGAAGGUGACAAUAUUAACUGCCAGAUAACAGUCGUCGUCUCCAGAGCUUCCAACGCCACGGAAGAAAUGAUUCGAAACGCACUCGGGGAAAAACUUGGAGACUUAGAAAUAACGAAUGUUGUUAUUGUAGACACAGAGACAGAAAAACCAACUGCAGAGAAAGAGAUCGCUUAUGUAGUCAGAGCAACAUUAAAAGGUGAGGUGUACAACAGUAACCUUGGAGACACCUCCAGCAAGGAAUUCAAAACUUUAGCUUUCAAAUUACGUGUACUUCUAACUGGAGUAUUCGAAGAAAGAUAUAAAACUUUGUUUCUUCGAGUGGAAAUCAUAGCCUUCCGCAAAGGUAGUGUUAUAUGUGAAUUUAACGUUAUCACGAAAGAAAAUUCAAAGGUGACGAACGCUGAUGUAAAAGAAACACUAACACAAGCAAGUAACAAAGGAGAGAUAGGAAAGUACACUUUUACUGAGAUUCAAGUUGAUAAAAAGACGAGCACAAAACAGCAAACUGGGGAUAAAGAAAAAACGUUGCCCAGCUGGUUGUUCGUUGCGAUUGCGGUCUUGGGAGUGAUGGUGCUGCUUGCAAUUGUGAUUAUAUUUUUGGUAAGAUCAAGUUAUUACGGAUAGGGUCGAUAUUCAAAAUAGUAAAGAAGAGCUCAAUUUUUUUUUAAAUCCGCUUAGCCAAAGAAAAAUAAUUUUAACAUCUACCUUCUGACCUCAGUAUCAGAUGUCAGGCAUCUACCAAAUCGGAGACCCUUUUGCAGAAUCUAAUAGGGUGGAAAAGGAAUAACAGAGUCGCAAUUAACAAUAACGCAUGGUACACUAGCCCCGUGAAGUCCACCAUUUUCUGUGCCAAAAUCUAAAGGUUUUUAUCUAAAAAACGGUUCUCGACCUUCCAUAUCCUUUUCCAUCCUUGCCUGUGUAUACUACGCAGGUGACGUAAAUUGCGUCAUCGCCUCAUAACGUUAUCAGUAUUAUAAUUAUUUGCAUUUACUUUCUCAUCGAUUUGCGCCGAUAAUCGUAAUAUUUUUGUGGUUUACCGUAUGUUAACAAACUUAUGAGCGAGGUUAGGAGCGUAACAAGAAAUUUUUCAAAGGGAGAUUCACGGUUACAAAUUCUCCGCGCCCUACGUUUAUUGACCAUACAGCAUAUGUACCUUGUGCAUCAGGGGCUCGUAUCCAUACGAGAGAAAAACGUAUGAAUUGAGUGUGUAGCAUCAAAUAAGAUUCGUGCUAUGCUCAUUCCUCAGAUUAGCACGUUUUCGCUACUUGAAUCAUGUUUUACAGGCAUUUGAAUAACAAAAAAGUUUUCUCUUAAAGGGGUGGUGGGGUCACAGGUAACCGAGCGGCCCUGCUACAGCUACGCACCUCGGCAAAGGUUGACUAGGAUCCUUGGAAACGACGGACGUUGCCAUGAAACGCCCUUAUGGUUACCCUGAAACGAUAUAUAGCUUCCAAAUUAGCAAAAACUAGAGCGGCGUUAAGAAAAUACGGCUUAUAACCUACAGUGUUUGAUGAAGCACAGAUUGUAAGAUUGUUUAAAAUAAUCUCAAACAGCUAUAAAAAUAUGUAACCAGAUACAUGUAACCUUGUUUGGCUAGCUUUAUCGGAACGUAUGGCACUGGACAAGGAAAAGCUCCCGAAGUUUAGGGGAUCCCAUUAUCUUAAAGCGGGAUAAUAAAACUACCACAUUACAAUUUCUUGUAUCAAUUCUGUUUUUUAUUCUCAGGCUUGUAGAAAGCGAAAUAAACGAAGCCACAACCUAGCAUUUCUGGACGUAUAUGAGAACUAUGGUAUUGCGAUGGAGGAAGUUCAGGUGGGGAAGUCGAACAUGAACCAUCAAGAGGAUGACUAAAAUAAAAG